CAAUUCGCUGUAUCGAGUCGGUAUGACAGAUUUCCUAAUCAAAAAAGUGGUCAACUUUAACACUGGGGGCGACGUGUGGCUCAGUGUUUAACGCGUUCAACUCAUCAAUUGAGGGAUAGCAGGUUUAAACCUAGUCCUCGCCCCAUAUACUGUUUCACAAAUUUUUGAGAGUUUCUUGUGGAAAUUUAUACACAGAUUAAGAGGAAGAAUUUCAUGCAAUAGGGAUUAAAGAGAUAAAAGUAAUUUAAUAAAAAGAAACGAGAUAAGAGAAAUAGAGGACCUGUGCUGUAGUCCGAGGGAUGUUGAGAGCAUUUCUUGCCUGGGAACACUAAUUAAAAAAAAAAAAACACACUAAAUAUCUCGAUUCGUGAAGCAGACCGCUGCAUUUUUCUGCCAGAUUCUUUUAUUUUGUGAAACCGCGUCGCUUGAGAUCAAUUUUUAUCAAAAAUUGGAGAUGAAGGCCGUAUUCUAAAUAACCUUUAUUCUAAUUAUCGCUUGAUACAUAAAGUUUGUGUGUUGCAUGAUAUAAUGUUUAAGAGAUACUUUUAAUUUAUAUGAAUGCAUUUUGUUAUAUUGACAAGAACAUAUCACAAGUAUAAAAAAAUGUUACCAACACUAAAAGAUUCAGAGAACAAAGAUGGAGAAAACAAGAAUCUAAUUAAGAUUGUAGAACGACCAACAUUCAUACUAAAGACUAGAGAAGGAGAAAAUAGAGCGGUUUCUCCAAGUCAACGUAAUGGCUAUAAAAAAGAUGACAUAUCUUCAGGUACACUAGGAAAAGUACAUGAUUUGAUUCGUAUACUUCCCAUAUGUCCAGAGAUGAAUACAUGUAUCAAAUUUAUGGAUGAAAAUAUGCAAUUAUGUGAGAAUUCAAUAGAUUUUUUACACGAUCAACAGGACUUUUUAGUUGUUGGAUGUCUAGGUGCACAAGGUGUUGGUAAAUCAACAAUUAUGUCGUUGUUAACAUCAUAUUCGUCUAAUAUUUUUCAAGUUCAAAAUAUAUCACAUUAUGAAAGUAGUACAAAUUGUACAACUGGAAUAGAUUUUGUAACUAAAAAUAGAGUAAUAUAUUUGGAUACACAACCAAUUCUUUCUGGAUUUGCGAUUGAUUCUGCAUCUUAUGAUCAGAAGAAAAGUACAUCUGAUUUUGUAAAUACUGAUUCAAAUUUAGAAUUACAAUCUCUUCAGUUUGCAGCAUUCCUGUUUUCAGUGUGCCAUGUUAUUAUAUUUAUACAAGAUUGGUUUGUUGAUCCAAAUUUAGUAAGUGCACUGCCACCUAUAUCGGGACGCUAUCCUCAAAGUGCUGUUCCAUGGAGCGUAUCGCGCGUAUCGCGGAUCACGCAUAUCGAAAAUCUGACCAAUUGCGGACGUCCACUAUUUUCGAUACUCAGCCGUUCCCCCGAAUCCAGUAUUGAUUUUUAUAAUAAAGUAUUUUCUAGUUCUCGAUUACAAACUCAUAGUGGUAUAGACAUGAGUCAUUGUUCAACAGAAAGUGGGUUAAAUUUAUUUUUAAUACCUUCGAGGAUCAGAAAAGAAGACAUGACUUUUUGUGAAAAUGAAAAAUCCCUCAUUGAUACAUUACGAAUGAAGAUACAUGGAGUUCCUAGGAAUUCAAUCACACCUUCUGUAUUAACAGAAAAAAAUUGGUAUCAUUAUGUUUCAAAAGUCAUAGAAGUAAUAAAGAAAAGCCAUCUAUCGUCUGAAUAUGGAAGAUUAAUGCCUUAAAUCUAAAAGCUAUUGUGGAAAAAGGAUAUGAAAAAACUAAAG